AUGGUUUUAGCAGACUUGGGUUCUAGAUUAAGAACCGCAUUGGGGAGUGUGGAUUCGGGUUCACAGGAUGAAUUGCAAUCGAUCAUUAAGGAAAUUUGUACCGCAUUAUUAGAAAGUGAUGUUAAUAUUAAAUUAGUGGCCAAAUUACGAGAUAACAUAAAAGCAAAAUUAUCUAAAAAUAUUAACGACGACGAAAGUUUAACCAAUAAAAAGAAGAAAUUACAAAAAAUUGUCUAUGAUGAGUUAUGCUCAUUAGUUGAUUCAAAUGAAGAGCCUCCAAAGCCUAAAAAAUUAAAUCAUUCAUCAACAACUAAAAGAAAAAAUGGUAAAAAAAUUGUAUCAAAAGAAUCAUCCCAUGUUAUAAUGUUUGUUGGGUUACAAGGUGCUGGUAAAACUACUUCUUGUACCAAAUUGGCUGUAUAUUAUAAGAAACGAGGAUAUAAGAUUGGAUUAGUUUGCGCUGAUACUUUUAGAGCUGGUGCUUUUGAUCAAUUAAAACAAAAUGCAUUAAAAUCUUCAAUUCCUUAUUAUGGUUCAUAUUUAGAGACCGAUCCAGUUAAAAUUGCUUAUGAAGGGGUUUCUAAAUUCAAACAAGAUAAAUUUGAUAUUAUAAUUGUUGAUACUUCUGGUAAACAUAAACAAGAACAAGCAUUAUUCGAUGAAAUGAUUCAAAUUGGUAAUAUGAUUCAGCCAAAUCAAACCAUUAUGGUUUUAGAUGGUUCUAUAGGUCAAGCUGCCGAAUUACAAGCUAAAGCUUUCAAAGAAUCGGCUAAUUUUGGUUCAAUUAUUUUAACUAAAAUGGAUGGCCAUGUUAAAGGUGGUGGUGCUAUAUCGGCGGUUGCUGCUACAAAUACUCCAAUUGUUUUCAUUGGUACUGGUGAACAUGUUGGCGAUUUAGAAAUUUUUAAACCAACUUCUUUCAUUUCAAAAUUAUUAGGAAUUGGUGAUAUUCAAUCAUUAAUUGAACAUGUUCAAGGUUUAAAUUUACAAGAUGAUGAAGGUCAUAAGAAAACAAUUGAAAAUAUUAAAGAAGGUAAAUUUACCUUGAGGGAUUUUCAAACUCAAAUGAAUAAUUUUAUGAAGAUGGGUCCUUUAACAAAUAUUGCUUCAAUGAUUCCUGGUAUGUCUAAUAUAAUGUCUCAAGUUGGUGAAGAAGAAACUAGUUCUAAAAUAAAAAAUAUGAUUUAUAUAAUGGAUUCUAUGACUUCAAAAGAAUUAGAUAGUGAUGGAUAUAUUUUCACUGAACAACCCGAACGUAUUGUUCGUGUGGCAAGAGGUAGUGGGUGUUCGGUUGUUGAAGUUGAAAUGGUUUUACAACAACAACGUAUGAUGAGUACUAUGGCGGUUAAUACCAAAAAUAUGGCUGGUGCCGGUGGAUUACCUGGCGGACCAGGAGGUGUUGGUGGAGGACCAGCAGGUAUGCAAAGAAUGAUGCAACAAGCACAGUCAAAUCCAAAUUUCAUGCAACAAGCAAUGAAAAUGUUUGGCGGUGGUGGUGGUGGUGCUCCAGGAGCUGGUGGUAUGCCAGACAUGUCAUCCAUGAUGAACAAUCCUCAAAUGAUUCAACAAGCUCAACAAAUGAUGAGACAAAAUCCAGGUAUGAUGCAACAAGCUCAACAAAUGAUGCAAAAUCCAGGUAUGAUGCAGAAAAUGAUGCAACAAUUUGGUGGUAUGGGAAUGUAA